GAGAGAGUGUGUGUGUGUGUGUUUGUUUGUUGAGGAGGAAUAGAUCCAAAAAUGAAGCUGACCUUUGAUUACUCGUGUUAGGAACACUUCUCUUUUUCUUCUUUUUUGCUCCAAACUCUACCCAAAAAAAAAAAAAACAAAUCUUUAAACUUUAACAUAGAUGAUACUGUGUGGAAUUUGUAAAGUUUGUUUUUACUUUUCUCCCUGGUUCUUAGCUUCAAGGUCGGAUCUUGUACUUAGCGAGAGAACAACUGUCACAUCCCGAAUCUGAUCGCUAAGAAAGCAUUAAGCUUUCUGCUUCUUCCUCUCUCUCUCUAUCUCUCUGUAGCAUUUGGGAAUUUUCAGUUUUGUCGGUUUGUUGCAGCAUUUCUUCGGAGAUUUGAGAUCAAAUCAAAAAUGGAGAAGAGCAAAGAGAAGGAGUUUGUGUGCAAGUUCUGUAACAAGAAGUUCCCUUCUGGAAAAUCACUCGGAGGUCACAUCAGAAUUCAUACGAACCAGUACUCAGUUGAUUACAAUGGCAAUCGCCUGAGAGAGAAAAACAAGAGAUUGGUGGAUCAGAGAGAGAUGAAACAGCAACAACGACAACUUUGUUGCAGAGAAUGUGGUAAAGGGUUCGAUUCUUUGAAAGCUCUUUGCGCUCACAUGGAUUCUCACUCCGAGGGAGAGAAGAUGGUGAUGGACGGCCAAUCUGAUACCGAGACUUCUUCGGCUCGUAUCAGGAAACGAUCUAAGAGGGUGAUGAGACAGUCCAAUUCAGGAUCUUUUAGUAAUGGGAGCUCGUCUUCUGCUUCUGAGAUUGACCAAGAACAUAAGAACACAGCUUUGUCUCUGAUGAUGAUGUCUAGGGAUUCGAAAGGUCAUAACUUGGUGGUGAACUCUAUGGCUGAGUCAUCAGAGAACAACUCUGUGAUUCUGGAGACCAAAUCUUCCUCAGGAGAGCAUCUAAAGAAGGUCUCCAAUGUGAAGAAUCAGGUUUUAGAGACAGAUAAAGUCGCAUCUGAUGACCAAUUGAGAUCUGCUGCUGAUGAUGAUAAUGGUGCUAUACUCUGUGAUUCAGACUCUGAUUCUGAUUACUUCAUACAUGGCCCGAAGAAGUCGGACUCAGACAUUUCCGUUGACGGAUCUCUUAGGAACACUGGAAUUGGAUCUGGAUUCAACAUAUUCAAGAAUAGUGAUGAGCUUGGGUUAAAGGAGGGAGGAUCAAAGUAUGAGCUAAGAAAAAGCAAAAGGAUCUUUCCUUCUUAUGAAAAUGGUGCACACAGCUUGGAAACUGAUUCUUGUGCAGACACAUACAGCAAGAUUCAUAGGUCCAGUGAUAGCAAAUCCCCAAUGGUGAAGAAAGCGAGUGGUGGUACAAAGAAGAAAAGCAAAGGUCACGAGUGCCCAAUUUGCUUCAAGGUGUUCAAAUCAGGCCAAGCUUUAGGUGGUCACAAGAGAUCACAUUCCUUUGAGAACCAAGAACACAGGAUCAAUCACCAUGCAGCUGAAAUGCGAAUCGAUCUCAAUCUUCCUGCUAUGGACAUUGAUGAAUGAAUCAGAACCUGAGAGAACUCAUCCCUCGGUUUUGUUCUCCAUGGUGUUUCAUCCUAUUUUUUUUUGUUUGUUUGCUCUAGAAAUUUUCAAGGUUGUGAAGGUAAAUCAAAUUCUUUUUGAUUUGUUCAUAGAAAGCUUUAUGAUUUA